UUACUACAGGGUAUAUAAUAGGCAAGAGACCCAGUACUCAAGCUUUUUGCAUCAGGGCAUGGCUCAAAACCAGUUACACCACCAUCACUUUUAAGAGGGUAUUCAGUGCGCCCAAGAAUCUCCAGUAAAGGUGACUGAUCUUGGAGUUGGAGUUUGAUUGCUUCAAAGUCCGUGUCAACCGUAGUGAGAUUACACUGAGCACCCGAUUCCUCGCACCAUGGAUUUCAGGCAUUCUUCUGACUCUUCCUGCCCAGACAUCUACAACUGGAACGUCAGCUACAAUCUCAUACUGGAGCACUACAACUUCACCGGGCGCCUGCAGCAUCGAAAACCCUCCAAGUCCAGCAGCGGCAUCAUCACCGUCUUGUUCCUGUGCGUCAGCAUUUUCAUCGUCCUGGAGAACCUCAUGGUGCUGCUGGCCGUUCUCUUUCGAGGCCGUACACGUAAUGGCUGGAUAUUCAUCUGCAUCGGCAACAUCGCUCUCAGCGACCUGCUGACAGGCAUCGCCUACGUAGUCAACAUCUGCAUGUCUGGAGAACGCACCUUCAAGCUCAGCCCGGUUCUUUGGCUCUUCCGUGAAGGACUUUUGUUUGUAGCUCUCGCGGCUUCUAUUUUCAGCUUGCUUUUGAUUGCUGUGGAGCGCUAUGCUACUAUGAUGAAGCCCGUCCAGCAGAAAACCACCACUAAGAUUUAUCGGGUCUACAUAAUGAUAGCACUGUGCUGGGUCACGGCUCUUGUUAUCGGCUUCCUGCCGCUUAUGGGUUGGAACUGUGUUUGCAACUUAAAAAACUGCUCUACGCUUCUCCCCUUAUACUCCAAGAGCUACAUCCUCUUCGCUUUGGUCAUAUUCUUCAUCAUCCUGCUGACCAUAGGUGCUCUCUAUUUUGCCAUCUACUGUCACGUCCGAAGCAGCACGGACACGGUGGCCUUACGCAGCAAUAAGCGUUCGUUGCGUCUCCUCAAGGCUGUCAUCUCCAUCGUGGGGGUCUUCAUGGUGUGUUGGGGUCCACUGUUCAUCCUCUUGUUGGUGGACUUCUUCUGCUACUCCAGGAGUUGCAGCACGCUCUACAGUCCCGGAUGGGUCAUCGCCAUGGCUGUGCUCAACUCCGCCAUGAACCCGUUCAUCUACUCGUUCGGCAGCUUGGAGCUGCGGAAAGCCAUCUGCUCCCUCCUGUGCUGUUGUUGUCUGAAGACGGGUCUGUGCGAUAUCAAGACCUUCAUGUCUAAAGAGACCUCCAGCACUUCGGGAAGCCGACACAGCAGCAUGCGAAACAGUUUCAGCAAGGUACGAAAUCUGAGCACCAGCCCACCUCCACAAACGAAAAACAAGAAGACGCGCCUCAGCUCCACCACAUCUUGUUUGUCUGCGUCAAGCGGUUAGGUUGCGGUGGGCAGGUAAGUUUCACACCUUGCCACAGGAAUUGCACCUCCUAUUGCUCGCAGUCAGCAUAAGGCUGUUUUGCUGUUUGGCACGUGCACACCCAUGUAUCUGCUCCGAUGAAGUUAAAUGAACGAAUGGAAAAGAGACAGUUGUGCAAAAAAAAAACAGUAAUUUCAGUCAAGUUCCUGUAACUUUGCAAGCGUUUCACAGGUUUGGAUCGUACGGGGAACACAUGAAUUGCUCAAAUAUAUAGGACUGCCAUGCAUAAAUGUUUAUUAGGCUUAAUGAAUGUAUUUUUAUAUGAGAAACUGAACUGAUGCAAGCAAUAUGAAUUUUAAGAUGUUUGACUUAUUAUGUUUUCUAAGAGAAUGCGAAGGUAAUACAAAUAUUGUAUUUAAAAAUUAAAAUGUUUAUUUUUUUAUAAGAUACAGAUGAUGUUUAUAUUUUGUACAUGCAAUUUUUUAUUUUCUUUAUUGUUUCAGAGUAUUAUUUGUAAUUGUACAUUGUCCAAAUUUUAAAAUGCAAUAAAAAUAAAUCUACUGAU